AUUUUGAACUAUUUUGACACCUGAGAGCCAGUCUGUACACUCUUGAUCCUGUUGGCUGCAACCACAACAACACCACAAGAAAAGACGGCAUUCUAGCCUGGACGAUGGACACGCUGGACUUUUACCCACUGACUAUAGUCUUGACGUAUCUGGGAGAGGUGGAUGGGACCAGGUUGCUGCUCACCAAGAAGAAGUAUGCGAAGCAAAUCUUGCCCAUGUUUCAACGGCGCCGCGCUGGGAAUGCCGAGCGCCAAGAACGCUAUCGAUUUCAAGUGUCACCCGUACAAGAUCCUGUAGUGUUGCUCCAGAGACUCAACACGAGACGAUUGAAACGGCGAACAUUGUCAAGAGAUAGUAACAGCAGUAAAAAUGGGGCCACUACUAUGAGUACUGAUACUAGCAAUGGAUUAUCUACGGUUCAGAGAGCCAAUUGGGAAUGGGAAGAAAUGUACAACAGCUGCAAGUCAAAGCAGCCACAGCAAGACAAAACUGACAACAAUUUGCCGGAGUUUCCGUUUCCGCCACCUCUGGAACUGCUGCGAUUUUUGGAUCAAAUACCAACACAACCUCCCAACAACAAUUCCCCAUGGUCCAUUCUCCAGCAGAACCGUGGUGUGACAUUACUCUUGUCGUAUCCCCGCAGUGGCAAUACACUCUUACGAACCUUACUGGAACGGACUACCGGCAUUGUCACGGGCUCCGACACGCGACCAGAUCGCACUCUUUCCAAAGCUCUGGCAGAAGCCCACAAUUUGGUGGGCGAAGGCGUCACACACCGCACAAAAACGUGUUUUGUCAAGACGCAUUGGCCCGAACGGACGGGAUGGAAAAUCGUGACGGGACAUCGGGCUGUCAUGCUGAUUCGCAAUCCGUUUGAUGCCAUGGACUCGUAUUGGAAUUUGAAUGUCACCAAUACCCAUACGGAAACGGUGACGGAUGAAAUCUACCAACGAUUCGCUGACAAGUUUAGAGACAUGGCCCGCAAUGAACUGCAAAUUUGGUGUCGGUAUCAUCAGUAUUGGAUCGAUCGCAUGGAACUAGAUGACUUUUCCAUCUUAUGGAUUCGAUUUGAAGAUUUGAUUCAACAACCAGCGCGAGAAUUGACACGCAUUUUGGAGUUUGUUGCGGCGGGCAAUGACAAGGGAUCUUUGGAUGAUCAUUCGUUUUGGCAGCAACGCAUAAGGCAUGCUACCACCACCACAACAACUAUGUCGUCGUUGGGAUCCUAUCAACCAAGAAGUGCCACAAAGGGAGUUCAAAGUAUCGGCAAGUCUCUGCACAAGGGGCGAUAUUCACCAGAACUCCUCCAGGAAUUGCAUCAGAUUGCUGCUGGGUCGAAUGAGAACAAUAACAAUAAUCUGCUAGCACGGUUUGGAUACGACAGGACCACACAAAACUUUCCACAAAACUUUGUCGAUGGAAAGGAACCGCCCAUCAUCGACACUUCACAUGGUUCUUCCACUGUCAAAGUCAACGUGGGUACGCCGGUACGGCCCGUGAAUUGUCCUUUUGGUCGGUUAAUGAGGGAAUGGAGAUUGCAACACACCAACAAUGACACCGAGCCAUUUCCACGAGUGCCUCGUGUGGCGGGAUAGCAAGGUUGAUUGGUUGAUUGAAUCUUUCAACAACAAAGCCAUUGGCACGCACCAUUUUUCAAGGAUCCUUUCGUGCCGGAGAUUUGU